GCCACUGCCUGUCCCCCGCAGACAUCAUGGCUGACAAGGAGGGGGUGACGCUGUCACUGGAGGAGGAGGAGGAUGCCGACGUGGCCCUGGCGUACAAGACGCCAGAGAAGAAGAGCCUGCGGGAGAUCCAGGAGCUGGACCCAGGGGACGAGAGCCUGCGGAAGUACAAGCAGGCGCUGCUGGGUGCCAUCCCUGCUGCCGUGGAUGCCAGCGUGCCCAACGUGCAGGUGACGAAGCUCACCCUGAUGUGUGAGCAGGCGCCGGGGCCCAUCACCAUGGACUUGACAGGAGACCUGGAGGUGCUGCGGGGCCAGGCCUUUGUGCUGAAGGAGGGGGUGGACUACAGGGUGAAGGUGUCCUUCAAGGUGAACAGGGAGAUCGUCUGCGGGCUGCGGUGCCUCCACCUCACCUACCGCCGGGGCCGGCCCGUGGACCGCGACGUCUUCAUGGUGGGCAGCUACGCGCCGCGGGCUGAGGAGUACGAGGUGGUGACACCGGCGGAGGAGGCACCGCGGGGCUGGCUGGCACGGGGCUCCUACCGCGUCCGCUCCCUCGUCACCGAUGAUGACAAGAUGGAGCAUCUCUCCUGGGAGUGGGGCCUCUGCAUAAAGAAGGCCUGGGAGGACUGACAUCCCCCCCCUCCCCCCCCACCUGCACCCCCGUUCCCCCCUGCCAGCUCGGGGAAGCGGUGCCUGCCAUCCCAGGGGACACCUCGCCGGCACCACCGCGCUCGCCCGGGUUGUAUGAAGGGGGGCGGGGGGGGGUGUCUGUUAGCGAGCGGGUGCCCACAGUCGUGGUCUUCGCAACCAAAGUUAUUUUUAAUUGCUGUUUUUUUUUUAAAUACCGAUGCCCGCCUGGUCCCUGCGGCGUCCCCAUCGCUGGGGCCGGGGCCGUGACCCUGCCGUGGUGGUGCUGUGCCUGGCUGCCCGCCCGGUCGCAGGCUGUGCUCUUCCAUCGCCAUUAAACCCUACAGACUGGUCUCUUA